AUGGCUACCAAGUCAUCAGGAAAAGCUGCCAUCAAGAAAGCAGCAAAGCAGGAUCAACAAACAGAAAAAAGUAAAAACCCCUCAAGUUUCUUUUCACCUGGACAAAAAUCUAAUGUAGAAAAAAAUCUUGAAAGCUCAAUUAUGUAUUCAUCAAAAAGUGAAGAUUUUAAUCAAAGUCCUUCCAGUCAAACAGAAAAUUAUAUUACAACAGAUUUUCUAAAACACUGUUUAGAAGAACAAUUGGUGGCAAUAACUGCUGAAUUUAAUAAAAACACAGCAGAAACAAAAAAACAGUUUCUGGAAAUAUUGGAAAAACUAAAGCAAAGUGAAGAAAAAAUCACAGCUUUAGAAUACGAAAGCAGAGCAAACAAAGAACAAAAUGAGCAGCUGUAUAAUCAAAUGAGACAAAUAGAAGGAAAACUAGGAGAUUUGGAAGAUCGUUUAAGAAGAAACAACCUAAGAAUAAGAAAUGUUCCAGAAGCAAUUACACAAGAUAAAAUACCUGAGUAUUUGGAUACUUUAUGGGCAACACUCAAAAUAGAAGUGUCAAUUCUAAAUACCAAAAUGGAACAAUACCAUCGUUUAAGCAAACCUAGUUCGGUUUCUCAACACCUACCGAGAGAUAUAAUAAUUAAUUUGCAGUCCCAUCAAUUUAAGGAAGCUAUACUAUAUGCAGCUCGAACAAAUCAGUCUAAUACAGAAAAGCUUGGCGAUAUUAAGAUUUUUCAAGAUUUUUCUUUCUACACCAGACAACAAAGAAAGAAAUUUAUGACGGUUACUGGUUCACUAAGAAGACUAAAUAUAAAAUAUUCAUGGAUCUACCCCAGUAAAAUAAAGAUAAUUACAGACGGAAGACGUGAGAUAUUCACGACCCCAUCUCAGAUUGAAGAAUGGUUAAGGAAGAAAGAGAAAUGA